CGUGAAUUUCGUUCUCGAGAGAGUCCAUGUGUGUAGUGGUUGCGUUCAAAGCAAGAUUCACGGGCUGCUUCGUAAGUUUCGUCAGUUUUGUGCUAUCAAAAUUCAUUAUUUCAUCAGUUGUCCGAUUUUCGUUCCUCAGCUUCAAUAGUAAGCAGAACGUUGAAAGCUCUCACUUCUCUCACUGAGGAUCUGAUUGUUUUGAGGAGAACCUGCAAACACUUAUGUGUUUUUUUUUUUAAAUUGUAUCAUUUGUUUGUGUAAUUUUCAAUAUGCAGUACUGUAAUGGAGAAAUCGAAGAGAUUUUUUCUUCGAUUUUUUAAGAUUUCAACCAUGUUGACUUACGAUUGAAAAGUUUUUUGUUGGACGUAUUUUUUAUAAAUGUGGAGGAUACUUGAAAAGUGAAAUUUCAUUUUUAAUAUGUUACAUACUUCGUAUUGGCGAAGAAAGAAGCGAGGGCUGUAUUAGAAGACAAAUUUUUGGAUGUUGAAUUGAAGUCUACCCUUUUUCUUAUUUAUGUAUCCAAGGUAGUUCGGAGGAUUCUCUCUUGGACACUUGAUCGUCGAGAACUGAAUUUCGGAUGGUGACAAUUUUCGAACCCAUAUCCUAGCUUAUAUAUUUUGAAUUGAUAUUCUGAUUUCUUGGGAUUUAUUAACAGUUUUUGAUUUUUCAAAUAUGGCCACAAGCCAAGUUUUCUUAGGCUUUUCGUUUUUUCUUUGAUUCACGCCUAUUAGUUUGAGCAUUAAUUUUAUUUUAUCGGAAGUAAGGGGCGCGCGUUGUGAUGUACUGUACGUGUGUUGAGGUCUCAGAAAUCACAGAAACUUUUUUUUCCGCAGGAUUUAUUGGUGCUGCUGUUCGUUGCCCUCGCCAGUGGCUGGGGAUUGUUUUACCCGGACAACGUUUCAAAGAAGAAAGUUGUGUUGUGUUGUUGGGUUUGUUAUGCGACCGUUUCUGCGAGCAUGGAGCUCGUUAGACUGGAUAUGGUCGGAGCGGAUGACGCUGAUUCGGACGCUAUUCAAAGCUGGCCGGAUGCAGUGACGGCUGUGAUUCGAUGCCUGAUGGCAUUUUUGUUUAUGCGGGAAUUACGUUCUGCUUUUUCCCGACCGGAACGACCCACGUUAUCGCACUUUCCGACGGAAAAGCAGCGAGAAACUUUGUUGCGGUUCGGUGCAGCGGCGUUGGUCUGGUUCCUGGGUGUCCCGUUCGCCGUUAUCGUGAUUUCGACGAAAGUUGAUGUCUUUUGGCGGUUCAAAAUCGCAUUGGGACUGACGUACGGCGUAGAUGCCGUGGGACACGCGUGCAUGUGUCACCUUUUGUGGGCAAAACGACAUGCGGAACGCUAUGGUUUCAAUGGCUCGGAAAUCGUGACGAGUUCACCGACUCCAUUCUUUUUGAGUGAUGACGGAUUCAAGGCAAGCAAGGGUGCAGUUGGAGACGGCUUUAAACGUGUUUGGGACGACUCGGAUGUUGCCGAACAAUCCCGGCGCUCCCUGUUGGACGGUGAUGAGUCUGACGGAGUGGAAAUCUUGGAUAUCACCGCGAUGGCGAAUCUCCUCAACUUGGGUGACUUAUAUUUGCGUGAGUUGAAGGAAGAGAACGCUGCUUUGAAAAAGACCAUUGACGAGGAAGAAUCCGCUUUGGAGGAUUUGCUAAGAGUUUUCAAAGAAAAAUGUUAUGAGAGGGAAAAAGCUCUACUGAUCGCGAACUCGGAGGUCGCGCGUCGAAUGGAAGAAGACGCCGAACGACGACUUGGAAGUUUGUCAGAAAAAUGCGUUCAGCUUUCCAGUGAAGUUACCACCCUAACGGCUAGGAAGUGGAAAUUGGAGAGAACAGUGGAAGAAAUGCAAGAAUGCACUCAGGCGGAGAUAACGAUGACGAAGAAACUUGUAGAGGAGAAGAGAAAGCUUGUCGAGCUUUCCAAGCCCUUGGAGGAGGGAAUUGAAACUCUGAAAAAUAUGUUGGAAAUGAAUGCGCGUGCCUGUGAGGAUUACUGUUUGCUGGAAGCUUCUAUGGUAGAGCUUCUGAAGAAGUCAGACCUGAAGUGA